AUGAGCAUCACAGACAUGCUCAGUGCUGACGACAUCGCGGCAGCCCUGCAGGAAUGCCAAGACCCAGACACUUUUGAACCACAAAAGUUCUUCCAGACAUCGGGCCUCUCCAAGAUGUCAGCCAACCAAUUGAAGGAUGUCUUUCGGUUCAUAGACAAUGACCAGAGUGGAUACCUGGAUGGAGAAGAACUCAGGUAUUUCCUCCAGAGGUUCCAGAGCGAUGCUAGAGAACUGACUGAGUCAGAGACCAAGUCCUUGAUGGAAGCAGCGGACAAUGAUGGAGAUGGGAAGAUUGGGGCUGACGAAUUCCAGGAAAUGGUGCAUUCUUAAAGCCCAAGUCUAUGGAAGAAAGAGGAGGGGCAUUCUGCCAGAAGGUCUCCAAAGUCCUGGGACUGGGAGCUCUCCAACCUAUCCCAAACUCAUUUGCUGAUUCCCCCGUCUGCAAAGUGCUCCUUGUUUGAGGAAACGAGAUGGUCUGUGGCCCUUCUCUGAUGGUGGUGGGUAGGUCCUGAUGAUUUCUGUGAGCAUCCCCUUCCUGGCAGACGA